AUGGAUGCAAGGCCUCAACGGAUUCGCGUCCGUGGUGACGAGAACGCGCCGAUCGGUAUCUUUCCUACCAAGACUAUCCAUCAACGCAACAAGUCCACUCCUGCUCUGUCGACCGCCCUUCAGAACGGAGGGCUUAGAAAUGCUGCCAAACGCACAGCUUUUGGUGACGUGAGCAAUAUAAGCAACCCUGUGCGGGCUAGCAAAGAUGACAGCCACGUCACUGGCAAGAACAUCCCCCUCGCAAAGCCUAGCAUAUCUGCUCAGGAGAAGAAGAACCUUUCGCAACGUGCACAGCGUCCUGCGUCUGUUAUGGGAAGCAAAACUAUCUCGAACAAUACUGGCAUCCGAAAUGGUGACAAUGUUGAGAAACAGCCACUGGGAGAUUCUCACAACGCAGGCAACACCCGCAAAUUACUUACCAAACGCAGCAACGUCGUCUUCAGAAAUCAUCUCUCAGUUGUAACUGAGGUAAAACCCACCGUCGCCGCAUCAACAGCGCCUCUUGUCGAUGACUCUGAACGAUUCAACCUUAUCGAAAAACCGUCCACCACAGUCUCCGAGAAACAUGCCACGAAGCAGGGCAUAGACUCGAUUACACAGCGUGAAACCCUGAGAGUUCCCUCUGAGGCUACGGAAGAAGUUAUCAGUGGCGAACACGUUUCCUCUUAUGUCGAGUUCAGCGUCCCGGGUGAGAAGGAGUCCAUGGAUAAAGUCAAGCCAAAAGAAAAAGAUGAGCAGCUUCAAGAUCCACCAAAACGGGCCCUGCUAGAGAAUACAACUUCAGAGCAUCCAGAAGAGACGCGUAAGUCCGGAAACUACGGUCCACGCGAUUCUCUUGGCCGCACCGAUCACGGGGCUGCACCAUCGGAGCCAGAGGAAUACUGGGACGACGAUGAAGAUUAUAACGACGAGGAUGACGGUUAUGUAACAGCACGGUCCUAUCGAUCUCGAAGUGAAAACACAACUGGGGGAGCAGCGACUGUCCUCUUCCCAAAAUACAACCAGAAAGCAAGGCGAGAGAUUGCUUUGGCCAAGCAGUUGGUUGAAUCGUCACGCACUUCUGAAGAUAUAGAGGACGAACUGUGGGACACCAGUCUGGUUGCGGAGUACGGUGAUGAGAUUUUUCAGUACAUGCGAGAAAUGGAGAUCAAGAUGCUACCAAAUGCCCACUACAUGGAAAACCAGGCAGAAAUCCAAUGGUCCAUGCGUUCGGUUCUGAUCGACUGGCUCGUACAAGUCCACCACCGGUUUUCGUUGCUGCCAGAAACAUUGUUUCUUUCAGUCAAUUACAUCGAUCGCUUCCUGUCUUGCAAAAUCGUCUCACUGGGAAAACUUCAAUUGGUUGGCGCAACUGCCAUUUUCAUCGCCGCUAAAUAUGAGGAAAUCAACUGCCCUUCCAUCCAGGAGAUCGUGUAUAUGGUCGACCACGGUUAUACCGCCGAUGAAAUCUUGAAGGCGGAACGAUUCAUGCUCAGCAUGCUACAGUUCGAGUUAGGAUGGCCUGGACCAAUGAGUUUCCUGCGACGGAUUAGCAAAGCCGAUGAUUACGAUCUAGAUACACGGACCUUAGCCAAGUAUUUCCUGGAGGUGACUAUUAUGGACGAGCGCUUUGUUGGCAGCCCGCCAAGUUUCACUUCUGCAGGCGCCCACUGUCUUGCUCGCAUGAUGCUAUACAAGGGCGAUUGGUCAUACGCUCAUGUGUAUUACUCAAAUUACACAUAUGCGCAAUUGUAUCCACUUCUACUCAUUGUUCUCGAAUGUUGCGAGAAUCCAUCAAAACACCACAACGCUAUUUACGAAAAAUAUUCGGACCGUCGAUUCAAGAGGUCUUCCUUGUUCGUCGAAGCUGAAAUGGCCAAAGGCUUCUCCCUCCCCGAAACCUCUAAAGAGAGCAGUCGUUUCGCCUAG